GAGAAAAAAAUGACUAAAUUAUUAACUAUCUUCAUAUUAUCCUUAGCAAUUUCUUCCACUUUCGCUAAAAUUAAAUUAGAUCACUGCUUAGAAAACGCUGGUGCUUUCGCCGACUAAGCUUAAACCUUCAUCGUAGAAAUAAAAUCUCACUAAAUGGACGUUCAUAAAUUCCUUAAUGAAACCGUCUCCAUGAUCUAACAAAUAAACACAACAUUAACCUCUUGUAAUUUCAAAGUACCCGUUUUCUUUCCUACAUAAAUCGCAAAUUAAACCGAAUGUAUUAAAGAUAUUGAGUCUUUAGUUGCUGAAGUAGGAGCUAUAGCUGUUUUAAUCAAAGAAAAGAAAUACCUAGAUAUUUUAAAAUUAGUUGAACCUUUAGUUUAAACCUUAAAGAGUGCUUAAAAUGACUGUAAAACACAAACACAUAAAGUUGAAUAAAAAAUUCUUUUAAAUUCUAUCUAUAACGUACACCCUAUUUAAUGUUUGAAGGAAACUAUCAAAUUCGUAAGAGAGGCUAAAUCACUUGAAAUAGAAAUCUAAUAAAAACACAUAACCGAAGCAAUUAACUAAACAGCUGUUCUUUUAUAAGAAUUACCCAAUACUUUACUUGAUUGUGGCCUCAAUAAAUUACAUGAUGAACUCAAAUUUUUAGAAAAUAUUGAUUUUGUACACUGUGGUUAAGAUUUGACAAGUCUCUAUACUUUAGGAAGCAAUAUUCAUGAUGAUUAUAAAGCUUCAAAUUUCAGUAAAUUAAUUCAAGACGGAAGAACUUUCUUCUAAGUAGCUAUUGAUUUAUCUGCUGAAUGUUAAAAAAAACAUGCCUCUAAAUUCAUCUUGCAAAAAUAACCUUUCUAAGAUAAAAUUAACUUCAACUGCUUAGGAAAAUCUUUCGAAUUAAUCAAAGAAUUAUCUGAUUUCGUAAAAAGUAUUAAAGAAAAGAAAUACGAUGUAGCUAUUUUAAUAACUUAAUUAUAAAAAGUUUUAAAAGAAGCACAACCUAUAUGUGAUGCUUGUGGUUUUGAUGUAAAAAUCCCAACUAUUGAAGUCAAGGAUGCCGAAAAAUGUGCUAAUGAUAUUGCUAAUGCAAUCAAUGAAAUCGCUUAACUAGUUUCUGAUGUGCAAAAGAAAGAUUUUGCUCAUAUUGUUUAAGAUGCUGAAAAUAUUAUUAAAAUUAUUACUAGUGCUGUUUAAGAUUGUAAAGCAAUUUGAAUGAAUAUUUUUAUUUU